UUUCAGUCUAACCAGAUGUCUAUGAGGCACCACCCCAUUAAGAACUACAAGGCCCAGCAUGCCCCUGCAGGUCAGUGCGCAUGCGCAGCGGUGAGCGGCGUCCAGCGGCUCCUCUCUGCUGAGCCUGGAGGCGUUGCCAUGGAGCCGGCCUGGAGACAGCAGGGCAGGGGCCGGGGCCGGGGUCAGGAGGGUCAAGGUGAGAGGCCCCGCCCCCUGCAGAAGGAUAGGCCAGGGGUCCCAGCAGGACGGGGAGAGAAGACAAACCCUGGACCUGCCAAAGGUGAGUCGGUCCAGUCCAAGUUCGAGGAGAUCCGGAGGUCCAACCAGGCCACAGCCCUGCGCCUGGUAGAGAGCCGGGUCAGCUCCUCUUCCUCCGAUGAAGAUAACGAUGAUGAUGAUGGAGACGGACAGAAAGGAAGGAUCCUGGAGUCCACCUUUACCUCCUACACCAGCCAGACAGGCGGUGAUGCUUCGGCUCUGACCAGAACCGGCCAGUACCUCAGCGACAUGUUCCAGUCUGGAGCGCUCACCUGCCUGAUCUGCAUCGCCUCAGUCAAGAGGACGCAGCCGGUGUGGAGCUGCUCCGGCUGCUUCUCCCUCUUCCACCUGCCCUGCAUCCAGAAGUGGGCCAGAGACUCGGUCUUCCUCAUCUCCUCUGCCACCGAUGAAGACUUUGGUCAGAAGCAGCAUCCCUGGCCCUGUCCAAAGUGCAGAACUGAAUAUCCUCCCAGCGCCACGCCCAACAGGUACAUGUGCUACUGCGGGAAGCUGCAGGACCCUCCAGCCGACCCCUGGCUGGUUCCUCACUCCUGCGGCUCCAUCUGCCAGCAGGAGCUCAGACCCAGCUGUGGACACACCUGCCUGCUGCUCUGUCACCCUGGUCCAUGUCCGCCAUGUCCAAAGAUGGUGUCCGUGUCCUGCUUGUGUGGCAAAGCUAAGCCCCUCCCCCGUCGCUGUAGCAACAAGUCCUGGUCCUGCCAGCAGCAGUGUGGGAAGCUGCUGGCCUGUAAGCAGCACACCUGUACACAGCUCUGUCACACAGAGUGCCCCCCCUGUCCCAGGGUCAGCCUCCAGAGGUGUGUGUGUGGACGGCAGACAGCAGAGCGGCCCUGUGCCAGCCCCCGCUGGACCUGCCAGCAGGUGUGUGGAGCGCAUCUGUCCUGUGGGAACCACACCUGUGAGGAAGUGUGUCACGAUGGAGCGUGUCCUCCAUGUCCCCGCUCUGUCAGCAGAUCCUGUCCCUGUGGGAAGACCAAGUCGUCUCUGCCGUGCACAGAGGAAGUGCCGCCCUGCGGCGACACGUGUGACCGCCGCCUGUCAUGUCUGAAGCACACGUGUUCGAUGCGAUGCCACCGAGGGAGCUGCGAGACCUGCAGACAGGAGGUGGAGAAGGCGUGCCGCUGCGGGCGCCACAGGAAGCCGAUGGCGUGCCAUAAGGAGUAUCUCUGUGACGCCAAGUGUCCUCAGACCAGGAACUGCCAGAGACACCAGUGCAGGAGGAAGUGUUGCCCUGGUAACUGCCCGCCCUGCGAUCAGAUCUGUGGUCGGACUCUGGGCUGCCGGAACCAUAAGUGUCCCUCCGUCUGUCACCAAGGAAGCUGCUACCCGUGUCCAGAGACGGUUCCGGUCCGCUGCAGCUGCGGCUCGUCGGUUCUGGUGGUUCCGUGCGGCCGAGAGCGCAGCACCAAGCCGCCCCGCUGCAGGGAGCCCUGCAGGCUGCCCCCCAGCUGCCACCACCGGGACGGGGAGCCCCACCGCUGCCACCCGGGGCCCUGCCCGCCCUGCGCGCGCCCCUGCCUGCUGCCGCUGCCCGGCUGCCGCCACGCCUGCCCCCAGCCCUGCCACGACCUGGUUCUGGUCCGGUCCCAGCAGGUCCAGUUGGCCGGGCCGUGGGAGCAGCCGGCGGAACCGACCUUCAUGAAGAAAGCGCUGCCCUGCCCGCCCUGCCAGGUCCCCAUCCCCACGUCCUGCUUCGGGGAGCACGAGGUGAGCCCGGUCCCGUGUCACCGUCAGGGCCGUUUCUCCUGCGGUCGGGCCUGCGGGCGCCCGCUGGCCUGCGGGAACCACAGCUGCAGCCGGGAGUGCCACCUGGUUACCGACGGCAACCAGUGCGAGGCGUGUGAGGAAGGCUGUGGUAAGCCCCGCCCCCCCGGCUGCCCCCACCCCUGCCCCCGCCCCUGUCACCCUGGCGACUGCCCCCCCUGCAGCCAGAUGCUCCGCCAGCGCUGCCACUGCCGGAUCAGCACGCUCUACCUUGAGUGCAGGAAGCUGACGGUCGCCGACGAGCCAACCAGGAUCCAGCUGGGCUCCUGCAGCAACCAGUGUCCUAAAGAGCUGAGCUGCGGCCAUCGCUGCAAACAGGUGUGCCAUCCAGGUGUGUGUGAGGAGACGUGUCAGCAGAAGGUGAAGCUCAGGUGUCCAUGCAAGAGGAUCAAGAAGGAAGUGAUGUGUUCUCUGGCGGCUCAGAGCGAACUUCAGUGUGACCUCGUCUGCAAAGACCAGAAGAGGAAGGCCAGCCAGGUGAAGGAGGCGGAGCAACAAGCCGCCCUGGAGGAGGAGCAGAAGAAGCUUCAGGAGGAGCUGGAGGCCUUUGAGAAGCGGCAGCAGCGAGGAGGUCGGAGGUCGAAGCGGCGCGGCCGGAGGGAGGAGGUGGACGAGGAGCAGGAGCGAGCCAGGAGGUGGAGGAGGAGGUGCACCACCUUCCUCCUGCUGCCACUGGGGGGCGCUCUGCUGUCUGCUGCUGCCUACUACCUGCUGAGCCAGGCCUGAGGGGUCAAAGGUCACCCCUCUCAUCCAGAAGCUGCAGAACAAACGGGAACGGUUCAUGUUUUCUUCUUCUUUGAUUUAAAUGAAUCCUCCAGAUCAGACGCUGGUCCUCCAGCUGGUGUUUCUUCCUCUUUUUCUUUAUUUCCUGUUAACUUUGUAACUUUUCUUGCCUAUCAAACUGAAAAUGACCCCUGGAGCUCCACAGGAGGUCAAAAGGUCAUCUGUGUUCAGACCAAUCAGAGACGGCCGUUUCACAGAAUACUGGAGAAAAUGUUUUUCCUGUAAAAUCUUUAUUCUUUCAUGAUUUUCUUUCUGUUUUUGAGAAAUAAACCAUAAACUCUGACCUCUGACCUCCAUGC